UUCUUGUUUGAAGUCAGCACUGUGAUGCAGACUAGCUCUGAAGCAUCCACUUGCACGUCCAAUGCAGAGAUAUGCCCAAGUACCAUUGGAGCAUCACAUGACAUCGCGCAGCGUUUUUGCUUGUCCACAAUUUUGGAGCUUCAAUCACGCGUCGGCAAUGCCUCCUGCCCUCAAUGUCCCUCCUUAAGUAUUCGAAGCAAUACCUAGCCAACCAAUCGAGAUAUGCAUGCCUCAAUGCCUUUGUCUCGCGCAUUGAAUCCUCUUCCUUGCUGGCUCACGCCGACUCCCCUACCACACACGUAGGUGAGCGGGGUGUCAACAAUAAGCCUAUUGCCGUCAAAGACAACAUGUGCACUAAAGAACUGAAGACUACGGCUGGUUCGGGCAUUCUAAAGGACUUCAUGAGCCCAUAUGAUGCGACGGUGGUGAAGCUGUUGCAAGAUGAGGGAGCCGUGAUUGUGGGAAAGACCAACAUGGACGAGUUUGGCAUGGGGUCGCAUUCUACACACUCACAUGCCGGCCCGGUGAGGAUGCAGCGAUACGAGGGUGAAGAUGCAAGCGCAGGAGGAAGCUCGGGCGGUAGUGCCCUUGCAGUGGCUAGUGGACAGUGUUGGGCGGCUCUUGGUACAGAUACAGGUGGUUCUGUCAGACUCCCUGCUGCAUACACGGGCGUUGUUGGGUUCAAGCCAAGUUAUGGACUCAUCUCCAGAUGGGGUGUCAUUGCAUAUGCGAACUCACUCGAUACUGUGGGUAUACUCGGGAGGAGUUCCAUGGAUGUAGAGGAAAUGUUUGACAAACUCAACAUGUACGACUCCCAGGAUCCUACCUCUCUCCCGUCUUCGACACGUGCACGUCUUCGUUCCGAUAGCGAGAAGCCAAGGUCUUUGAAGAUUGGAAUACCAUUAGACUAUAACAUCGCUACCCUCGAUCCUACUGUUCGCAAGGCCUGGAUUCGUACUUUAAAACUGCUAUGGGGACAAGGACAUAGCUUACAUCCCGUGCGACUACCAGCAACACAACAUGCUCUCUCGGCUUACUACAUUCUCGCUCCGGCAGAAGCGUCUAGUAACCUCGCGAAAUAUGAUGGCGUUCGUUUUGGUAGCAGAGCAGACGGUAUUGACGGGACUCGUGAGAGUGUACUCUUCGCUAAGACUCGAGGACAAGGCCUCGGUCCAGAGGUCCAGCGUCGUAUCCUGCUGGGCGCUUUUUCACUCAGUGCACAAGCUAUCGACAACUACUUCAUCCAAGCACAGAAAGUUCGGAGAGUGGUACAGCAAGAUUUCGACAGAGUUUUCGCUAAACCAAACCCGUUAUUGAAUGCUGCUGAGGAUCGGGAAAAGGGUGAUGACAGAGUAGAUGUCUUGCUCUGCCCAACAGCUCCAACCCUCGCCCCGUCUUUAUCAGAAGUUCAGAACCAGGAUCCAGUGCACGCAUAUAUGAACGAUGUCCUCACCGUUCCAGCCAGUUUAGCGGGGCUUCCAGCUAUCAACGUUCCUGUUAACGUCGAAGUUGCUGAGCACCAGACAGGUCAAGGCCAUGAAACGGAGUUCAAAGAAAGCGCAGGCAUUCAGAUCAUCGGGCAAUAUGGUGACGACAAGCUGGUGCUCGAUCUUUCAAGCUCCCUACAGGCCCUCGCGGAGACAGGCCAGAGCUCCUCAGCACCCCACAUGGCUGUCUGGGAAUCGAGCACUCUCUGAUCCGCCAAUAUAAGGGACGAUGAAAGUGAACGAUGGGGAGAGAAUAGCUCUGGAAAAUGUACGAAAGGCACUCAACUACUCAAGAAGCAUACUAUUUGCCGGAAUACGAGUUACAGGAAACACACAUACGUGUGUCUCAAUCAUGCUAGCACAAACUCUUGCAUUCAGACCUGAGAAAUGAGAAAGCUCAGUGAAUCAAGACAGUCCUCGUUCAUUCGUGA